UGGAUGGAUGGAGGGAGGUUUAAACAAUUAGAUGAUAUAGUAUAAUGGAUGGAUGGAUGGCUGGAUGGAUGAAUGGAAGUGUGAAUAAUUUGACAGUGUAGUAUGUAGAUAGAAGGAUGGAUGCCUGUAUUUUGGACCGAUAGUUAAUAAUGUAUUUUGGAUUACUUCUUGUUCUAUAAUAUUCUGUACUGUUCCAUCAUCACGUUUCGGGAUGUGGGACUAAACCGCUAAGCCUGAAGACCCAAAGUGGGACUUUCUGGACACACUGGUUGUCCCAGUUCUGUUUAGUUAGUAUCGUAUUCCUGAUAGAAAUCUGCACUGUAAGCAUUUCAGAGCAUUUAAAACGCCACUUCCUGUUCGUGCAGUGUGUGCAGCGCGUGGGCCAGGCUCUGUUUUCCUCGCGUUUUGACCCUUUUCGCCUUCCAUGCACAAUUCCAGGAGAGGCGGCGUGAUUCCUUUUUCUUAAGGAAAUCUCCAUUACGCGUUCAUUUCUGAAUGGUGUGAUCGCAGCGGCGAGGGCAACCGAGAGAAGGAGGAAAAAAAUAAAACAAGCCAAGUCCAGGUGAAAAGGAAGAGACGGACUCCCCGAUCGGCUGCACGCAGAGGAGGGAUGAAAUCACGCCGCUAAAUAUGAUGCGCUUUCUGCUGGACUGCCUGAGGCCGGGACGCGCGCGCGCGGGCUGCGGCAGAGAAAACUCGGUGGAAAUACCAACGAAGGAGAAAGACCCUGGCGAUGAACAUGUACUCAAGGAUAUGGAGGACGUGGUGGCAAUGGAGGAAGGGGCUCUGCAGAGAGACAGGGCUCAGUGCCGGGACAGCCAGCAGGCCCUCGAGAGCCUGGCCAAGAGGAGAGCACAGCUGAGGGAAGAAAUCGAACGCCUCCAAGAGCAGCGCAAGCAGGAGGGCCAGCUGCUCCUGUCCCUGCAGGAGGAGCAGGAGGAACUGGAGCAGAGAGUGCAGGAAUACGACGCCGAGCUGUCAAGAGCGAGAGAGGAGCUGCAGCGCCUCCAGGAGGAGAUCCGAAGCACCAGGGCUCGGGUGGAGGAGGCGCACGGACGCAUGGGACCGCUCAAACACUGCAUCGGAGAUACAUACACGGAAAUAACUGAGGCUAAACAGAGACUAGGUGAACUGAUCACUGAGAUGAUCGCUAUUGAGGCAUGUGCCCCUGAGAUCACAUCCCACCAGGACAUAAAAAGCUUAAGCAUGGCUGUUGACGGUGGUUCCAGAGAAGAAGAUGAAGAUGCUGAAGAGCACCACAACAGCGUCUACGAGGACGAAGAAGCACUCAAACGUCACAGUGUGAAGAACGAGCCUUUGGAGCAGGAACAGGAAGAUGGACCUGAGAAGCUGCAGCGCUCUGUUGAGAACUUGAAGAGCAGCGGUUCCUCUUCAUUCACCGAGAUCACAUUGACGGAGUUUAAAGAAGAGGAUGCAUCACCCAGGUCAAUAACAUCACAGCACACAGGCUCUGCUGAUCUGGAAGAGGAGGAUUUUGAAAUUGUCCAGUCCCUCAUGUCCAGACCAGUUCAUCAGUCUGCUAACAAAGAGUUUGACUUUUUCCACCCAGACCCUUUUGUUGAUUAUGAUGUGUUUGGAGAUGAACGCUUCCCAAAAGUGGACAUGACAGAAUUCCUAUCUGGUGAUCCAUUCAAAGGCAGUGACCCUUUUGCUUGCGACAACCUGUUUGAUGAUGUAGCCAACAGCCCGUUUCCUCAGGAUUCUCCGCUCAGUGAAGAAGGCAAUGCUAAAGAGUCCAACCCUCUGCCCUUUAGUCCUGAAUCUGCCAGUAAAGAAGAACAUGAUAAUAUUUCAAUUGUUGCCCAUAUUCCAGCUACUCCUAACUGCAGUCAGUCUAUUGACUCUGGAAUGUUUGAACAAAACGUCCCUGAACUCGCUGAUCCUGAGAAACAUGUGUCGUACGAUGUCUGUCAUCAGGUUGGAAUUGAAAUCACAGUGACCCAAGAUGCUGACGAUAGGGAUCUCAGUAGCACCUUAAGGAAUGACUCGGAUCUGCCCACAAGCCCUGAGAAUGAAGAUGGAGGACGUUUUGACCCUAUCAUUUGCGAACAUAACGACUUAAACGAAACCGAAUCCAGUUCGACAGUCGACAGCUCCUUUGAUGGAGAUUUUGGCACCGCUGAAGACCAUCCAGAAGACGAGCCAGAGGUUGAGUCGGGACCCAGUUACGUUCGAAGGAAUCAAGCACUGUACGGACUGCAGCGGAUUGAUACAAGCUCCUACACUAGUUUUCCUCUUAGUCCUGAUGCGUAUGAUCCGUUUUCUGAGAGUAACGUAGACAAGAAACCGCCGUCCUUCGGUUCGGAUCACAAUACUGAGAAGGAAUUCGUCUGUGAAAAUGUAAAUGCUGGUUAUCCGAGCCCUUCCGAUCGAGAGAUAGAUGAUGUCAAGAGUGAUCCUUGCACUCUCGAGCUCAAAGAAGAUCAUUUCAGUAAUACAAAUGAGGCAAGCCAUAAUGAAGAACCCCUUAACACGGAUGACCACAAUUUUGGAGACAUAUAUUUCUUCACUGUCCGACUAGACCCUGGAAGUUCUGACGCCAGCCCCAUUUCUCCUGAAGUCAGUGAGAGAAAGAAAUCCGAGGGUGACCAUGUGAGUCCCGAAUCUGAAUACGAUGAACUUGACUACGUUGCUCCAGAUGAAGAGGACGAGGACCCUAAGCAGUGUAAUCUGGAAGACUAUCCAGAGGAAAGCUUUGACAAAGAAGAGGUCAGACCGGAACUAUUCUCUGUUAGUCCUGAACCAAAUGAACCAGUUGAGCCUGAGUCAAACAAUCCACAUUCAAUUCCCAAUUCUGUUGAAUCUAAAGACCAAAGUGAUGGCCUUGAUUCCUUUGAGUGCAAUAUAUUCGAGAGCAAUAUUGAAUUUGAACCACAAUCAGAUAAGACAGAAAACGUUGACUUGGAUUCAAGUUUAACAAACUGCAAUACAGAACCUGUAGUUCAGUACCUCAUUAGCCCUGUCUCUGGGGACACUGGGAUGUUUGCAACCGAUGGUUACAAGCUUUGUUCUCGUAACCCAUUCAGCUUUGACGCUGGUAGCAUCGAUCACUGUGACACCAUUGACCCGAAUCCUGAGCCUCCUGACUCUAGCGUUAUACAUGAAUCUGGAUCAUCUGAGACCAAACUCCAGAGUUUGGUCCUACUGGAACCAGUACUUUUAGGUAACCCAGUACAUGCAUCAAAUGCCAAAAAUCCAAACGCUGACAGCGGACGAUUAGAUUCUGGGUAUCAUGAAUUUAAUGGACCUGAUCCUUUCAAUCUCAUAGCUACAGAUUCAUGUCCAGUGCCUGCAGAAACAGAUGUAGGCUCUGUAACUGAUGAUCUAGAGAUAGAACUGCCAAACACCACCAAUUUGGAUGAACAGGCUCCUGAUCCCUUUAGCCCGGUAUCCAAUGAUAUAGCAGUAUUUGAUCUACAAUCUGAACCUGCAGUCUAUGACCCUGUGACCAAAGAUUCAGGUCUUGGGUAUGCCGCUUCUUCUGGCCUGCUUGCCGAUUCCUUUAGCGGAUCCGAACUUGACAGCUUUGACCCCUUCAGUCUGAUGCCAGGAAACAGUUAUACUCACUGUAACACGGAUAUGCUUGUCCCUGUAUCCGUCCAAGAUGAUUCCGGAUCUUAUGAUAAAAGAUCCAGUAGCUGGGACUCCGGCGUUAGUCAGUCUCCUCAACUCCACUGUGAUUUUGCACCGAACAGAGCAGAUCCCCUUCUUCCACACGAGCCUAAUCUGGUUAGCCCUGAUACCCAAAACUUAAGCUACUCAUCCGGUUACUCAACAGCAGACUUUUUUUUCCAGUCUGAUUCAAGUACCUUGACAGACGCCGGCUCUCUUACCCCCAAAGUUGACAAAAUAGCCACUCAGGAUCAAAACUCCACGGUAGACGUCACAGCCAUGGAGGACCUCGCCGAAAUAGAGUUCUUCUGCUCCGAGCUCAGCAAAAUGGUGGCCUCGCGUUCCUCUGACACAGUUCAGCAAAGUGUCACCGAAAUGCUUUUCGGCUCGAAUCCAGACACUGCCAAGUUCUACCCCUGGGAUCUGGAAAACAGCAACACUGAUAUCAAGGACACCUCAAGUCCUGAAGCCGAUUUCGGACACUCGUUGGACGAGGCCGAGAAACCUAGCCUGCUAUGAUGAAGGGACACUCCUUUAAAUAAAAUUGCACGGACAAAUGUAGUUUUUCGACACGCUCCAUUCUUCUCUGGUACGAAUCGGAGAUCGAGCUUCCAGAAAUCGACAUUAUCACUGACUGAACAUCAUAUGAAAUAAAUGAUUGCCAACAGUAGCAGGGACAACAUGAUCUAUCUACACUGAGGUGCUGUGAAGAGAGGAAGUCUAAAACAUUGUUAAUGAAAUUACCUUUAGGUUCAAAACCCAUUUAGAAAAAUAAUGUUUCUGUCAAUUCCGUAGCAGAUUGAAUCUGAUGGUCCUCAAAUCCUCGUAGAGGCCGAUAGACAGUUCAAGUAGCACCACCAUUGCGACCCACCGUACAGUACCUCCAUGUGUAUGGUGUACUAAAAUGCGCUCUACCUAUCAGUUGAUAGACCUUUAUUGAUAGAUCUGUAGGAACUUUGACUUGUUCAACAGGGUUUAUUUCAAGACAAACAUCCAAGACAGUCUGGGAUAAAAAAAGACAUGGGAAACUGAAUGAGAGAGAAAAAGAGAGAGAUAAUAAUACUAACUUCUCAAUACCUCCAGUACAGUGCUGCAUGAAUCAAGUGUUCUUAAGGCGUGUCUGUAGAGAUUAUUCCCUCAUCCACUGGACGCUUUUUUUCCCCCAGUAGAUCAUUUAGAAAUUUUGUUGAAAACGUAGCAACGUUUGCAUCCACUGAGCAAGUCUGGUAAACAUUUCUACAACCAACACAUCUCGAUCAUGCAUUUUAUACAGAGAUCUGUUAUUCAUUUUCACGAAUCGUUGUAUCAGAGUUUUGCUUCCUCAGGCUUUGGAAUCUGCAAUACUAAUCAAAUUAGUAGAGAAUGAGAGAGUGAGAGAGAGAAUUGCUUAUGUUUUGUAAGCGGUUCAUAACACGAUAUAUUAAUAGAAUUACAUGUUCGUUCUCAUGUAACCCCUGCAAAUGCUAAAUUAAUGACGAUUUUGAGCAACUACUGAUUCACAAAAACUCUGUCCUAUCUGCGUGUACUAGAUCGUGUACUAGAUGUCUGUCUGUUCUUGUGUGCAAAGUGUUUUAUCAUUGCCAUCGAAACAUUAAUUUGUAAAAGGAAUCAACAUAUAAAUAUAUAUAUAUAUAUAUACAUACAGUAUAUAAUGCAGUAAAAGUUGACAAAACA